AUGGACUAUGACUUUAAAGUGAAGCUGAGCAGCGAACGGGAGCGGGUCGAGGACCUGUUUGAAUACGAGGGCUGCAAAGUUGGUCGAGGCACUUACGGGCACGUCUACAAGGCGAAGAGGAAAGAUGGUUUAAAAUGGAUCAAAGCCCAGCAGAGACACCUGGCAACAGGAGCGGCUCAUCUGGCCCAGGAGCCGCUAAGGAGGGCACAGUGCAGUGCUGGGUGAAGGAGCUUCACAGAGGAGCUGAGUGCCCCAGACAUGAAGAGCACCAUGCAGCCCCAGAAGCUGACAGUGACCAGCUGAGAGCGGCCACCAGAGCGGGUCCUCUCACCACUGCAGAAGUAGCCAAAGAGUUCAGCGUGUGCCAUUCAGUCGGCAUUUGGAGCAGAUUGGGAAGGUGGAAAAGUUUAAUAAGCGGGUGCCCAUGAGCUGGGUGAAGAUCAAAGCCACUGUCAUUUACCAUUGUCCUUUUGAACUGUUGUCCUGUCUUUACACAACAAUGAAUCUGUUCUCUUGGAUGUGUUGUGUGACAAAAUGUGGAUUAUAUACAACCACCAGCUCAGUGACUGAACUGAAAAGAAACUGUAAAGCUUGUCCCAGAGGCAAAUGUAUACCAAAAAGGGGUCAUGGUUGUGGUUUGGUGGUCUGUUGCUGAUUGGAUCCACAUCUCUGAAUCCCAGCAUUAUCAUUACAUCUGGCAAGAAUGCUCAGCAGAUCAGUGAGCUGCACGGAGAAGGAGUGGCACCAUGCAGCCUGCGUCGUCCACAGAAAGGGCUGAGUCUUCUCCGUGACAAGGCCCAGGAGGCUGCACCUUGCUCAGCCAGUGCUUCAGAAGGAAGGACGAUAAAGACUACGCUUUAAAACAAAUAGAAGGAACUGGAAUCUCUAUGUCAGCAUGCAGAGAAAUAGCAUUACUUCGAGAGCUUAAGCACCCAAACGUCAUCUCUCUUCAGAAGGUGUUUCUGUCUCAUGCUGAUCGGAAAGUAUGGCUUCUCUUUGACUAUGCUGAACAUGACCUUUGGCAUAUAAUUAAGUUUCACAGAGCUUCAAAAGCCAACAAGAAGCCAGUUCAGUUACCUCGGGGAAUGGUGAAGUCACUGUUGUACCAGAUCCUAGAUGGGAUUCACUAUCUCCAUGCCAACUGGGUGUUGCACAGGGAUUUGAAACCUGCUAAUAUUUUAGUUAUGGGUGAAGGUCCUGAGCGAGGAAGAGUAAAAAUUGCUGACAUGGGCUUUGCCCGAUUAUUUAAUUCACCUUUGAAGCCUUUAGCAGAUUUGGAUCCAGUGGUUGUAACAUUCUGGUACCGAGCUCCAGAAUUACUCCUUGGAGCACGACAUUAUACCAAAGCAAUUGAUAUUUGGGCUAUAGGGUGUAUAUUUGCAGAACUACUAACGUCAGAACCAAUAUUUCACUGUCGACAAGAGGACAUCAAAACUAGUAACCCUUACCACCAUGACCAGCUGGACAGAAUAUUCAAUGUAAUGGGAUUCCCUGCAGAUAAAGAUUGGGAAGAUAUAAAAAAGAUGCCCGAACAUUCAACAUUAAUGAAAGAUUUCAGAAGAAAUACGUACACCAACUGCAGCCUUAUCAAGUAUAUGGAAAAGCAUAAAGUUAAACCUGAUAGUAAAGCAUUCCACUUGCUUCAGAAGUUGCUCACUAUGGACCCAAUAAAGCGAAUUACCUCAGAGCAGGCCAUGCAGGACCCCUACUUCCUAGAAGACCCACUUCCCACAUCAGAUGUUUUUGCCGGUUGUCAGAUCCCUUACCCCAAACGAGAAUUUUUAACAGAAGAAGAACCUGAUGACAAAGGAGACAAAAAGAACCAGCAGCAGCAGCAGGGCAAUAACCACACUAAUGGAACUGGCCAUCCGGGGAACCAGGACAGCAGCCACGCACAGGGGCCCCCCCUGAAAAAAGUGAGAGUUGUCCCUCCUACCACUACCUCAGGUGGACUCAUCAUGACCUCCGACUAUCAGCGUUCCAAUCCACAUGCUGCUUAUCCCAACCCUGGACCAAGCACAUCACAGCCCCAGAGCAGCAUGGGAUACUCAGCUACCUCCCAGCAGCCUCCACAGUACUCACAUCAGACACAUCGGUACUGAGCUGUGCUGGAGUCUGUCAGUGCACUGUUGCUCAUGCUGCGGAGCUGGCUGCAGCUCUCUGCGGGAACCUGGUGUGGGCCAUGCGAAUGUACUGUACAACCACAUCUUCACAGUGUCCAAUAGCCAAGUUCCACCAGUUGUCACAGAUUGGGGUGGUAGCUUCCAGGUUGUACCUAAGUUUGGAGUUAGACUUGAAAGAAAGUGCUAGCACAGUUGUGUCGUGGGUUUGCUACUUCCAUAGUUUACUUGACAGGGUUCAGACUGACCAAGCAUAGUUUUCAGUGACAGUCUGUAGCAGUUGAAGCUGUGAAAUGUGCUAGGGCAAGCAUUUGUCCUCGUGUGUGGUGACUUUCAGUGGAACAGCGUUAUCUGACCAAUAGUACACACAAGACGCAAGGGUUAACUGGUACUUGAAACACAGAUUAUGUUAACAAAAUAACUGAGACUUUAAAAGAUUAUUUUGGUACACCUUUCUUUUUAGUGUCUUAUCAAUGGGUUGAUUCAUCUUCUACAGAAAUCAGUGUUUUAUGACCAAGAAUAUUGCUUGGAUUGUUUUUGAAAGUACAAAAGAACUACAUAGUUUCUACUGACAGGUUUCAGAACUCCCAAAGAUUAAUUUCCAACUUAGAGGUUUGUUUUUAUUGUCAACCUAUGACUUGACUGGUCUUAAAGCUGCUAUUUGAUAGUAAUUAAAUAUGUUGUCAUUGAUAUAAACCUGUUUGGUUCAGCAAGCUGAAAUGAUUGUCACAGACAGUGUUUUAUUUUUCUCUCGUUGGUGUUGCUGAUUUGUGAGCAUGCUUUCUGAUGAAAAAAGCAUGAGUGGUAACCUCCUUAAAAAGGCACGGCAUCCAGUUCACUUUCUUUUGUCCUGAUUUAAGGCUGGGUAGUGUAGUGCUCUUUAAACUUUGUUCAGUUGACUUUUCUUUUUAAAAAGUUGUUCGCACAUUUUUGGGGUGCCCUUACUUCAGCAAAGGAGAAGGAGUAGGAGAGCCUUAGAAUUUUUGAGGGGAAAGUAAAAAGCUAUAACAUACAACGUACUGUAUCAAACUAUUUUACAUGAAUGACACAAGUAUUCUGAAUAAAAAAUUGAACAUUGUUAAAAACAAGGUGUUAUGUAAUAAAUUUAUUUUUCAUAAAUCAA